ACGGAAAGCGGGAGGGACAAACUGUCUUUAACGUUGGAGUCUGGUUUCUAAGUUGGUGUUUUUGUCGAGGUCUGGGAGGGGCGGUUGCCGGUGGUGAAAUCGGCUGGACCAUGUCGGCCUUCGAGAAGCCUCAGAUCAUCGCCCAUAUCCAGAAGGGCCUCAACUACACGGUGUUCGACUGUAAGUGGGUGCCCUGCAGCGCCAAAUUUGUAACCAUGGGCAACUUCGCACGGGGCACUGGCGUCAUUCAGCUGUACGAGAUCCAGCAGGGGGAUCUGAAGCUGCUCCGAGAGAUUGAAAAGGCCAAACCCAUUAAGUGUGGAACAUUUGGUGCAACCUCUUUACAGCAGAGAUACUUAGCUACUGGAGAUUUUGAGGGAAACCUUCAUAUAUGGAAUUUGGAAGCUCCAGAGAUGCCAGUGUAUUCUGUAAAAGGCCAUAAAGAAAUUAUAAAUACUAUAGACGGUAUAGGUGGGCUAGGAAUCGGAGAAGGAGCGCCUGAAAUUGUGACUGGCAGCCGAGAUGGAAAUGUGAAGGUGUGGGACCCAAGGCAAAAAGAUGAUCCCGUGGCUAAUAUGGAACCUGUACAAGGAGAAAACAAGAGAGACUGUUGGACUGUGGCAUUUGGCAAUGCUUACAAUCAAGAGGAACGUGUUGUUUGUGCUGGCUAUGACAAUGGGGACAUCAAGCUGUUUGAUCUCAGAAACAUGUCAUUACGGUGGGAGACAAACAUAAAAAAUGGGGUAUGUAGCUUGGAGUUUGACAGAAAAGAUAUAAGUAUGAAUAAGUUAGUAGCCACAUCUCUGGAAGGAAAGUUUCAUGUUUUUGACAUGAGAACACAACAUCCAACCAAAGGUUUUGCCUCUGUUUCAGAAAAGGCUCAUAAAUCUACAGUCUGGCAGGUGCGACACCUGCCGCAGAACAGAGAGCUCUUCAUGACAGCGGGAGGCGCCGGCAGCCUUCACCUCUGGAAGUACGAAUACCCUAUCCAUCGGUCAAAGAAAGAUUCUGAGGGAGUAGAGAUGGGAGUUGCAGGUUCUGUCAGCCUUCUGCAGAAUGUUACACUGUCUACCCAGCCCAUUUCAAGUUUGGACUGGAGUCCAGAUAAAAGGGGUCUCUGCAUCUGCAGUUCAUUUGACCAAAUGGUGAGAGUACUGAUUGUUACAAAACUCCAUAAAAUUUGAUCUGAAGACUUUGUUCUUGAAGCCUUCCAGAGGAACACUCUUAGAAUUUAAGAGAUAUUCCACGAUCCUCUCACCCUCAAUGAAUAAAGUCAGAUUUGGCUGAAGAAAAAAGGCUCCAGAUGGAAACCUAGGUAUGUUCUCUGACUGGCUGGAUACAGGCUUCCCGCUGCACAGGAGUGCCACUAUCUUCAGGGCCAGCUCCUGUGCGCUCCUGCCACUUCAAACACAAACUCAGUAGUUGCCUGUAUUUAAACACAUGUUGAAUUUAUUCUACAUCCUCUAAGUUCCAUAUUUUUUAUCCUUAUCUUUUAAUGUUUAUAAUGUUGUGGUAGGAAUCACUUCAUUUGGCUUAAAAUAGUAUGCCUUGGAAAAACUACUAUGAACUAGCUCUCAUAAAAACAUUUUGAGAGAUUUCAGUGUCAGUAAGUUUCUGUACAAAAUAUUAUUUUAUAAAAUAUCAAAAUGGCACUGUUGGAUUGGAUUUUGGUAUCUGUUAUCAGCAGUGUAACUUAUAAAAUAAAUACUAUGAUUUACAAAGACCUUCUUUACUUAAAACAGAGAAUUUGAAUUGGUGAUACUUUUGGUUAGUGACUGUGAUAGGUGAUGGUGAGAUGUACAAGAUUGUGGGGGUUUCUGGUAGUAUUUUUUUCAAACCUUUUUAAUGUAUUUUGUGAAUAAACUUCUGCUUUUGAAAUCUACGGAAACUUUCGUUUUGUGUAAAAAUCAACACUAUCACUUCAUUUUGCAUUAUAAAAGCUUCAUAAGCACUUCUUAAUUCAAUGUUUCUUUAAUGCUCACCAAAUCUUUAAUAAGACUUUAGAAGUAUUAACUUUAUCACACUUUUCAUUAAGCCUGCUCUCCCCCUACUUCCAUUCAAGAGAACAGAGCUUCCUAAAACUUUCAUAAUAUGUAAAAUUUAUGUGAUUUCAGGGGUUCAGGAGAGUCACUUGUUUGGAAUAUUAAGCCCAGAAAAUUAACUCUUUUUAGUUUCUGAAAUGUUUUGUAAAAUGAUGCUAUGGAUACGAUUAUAAAAGUAAAAAUUAAAUUGGAGGUAGCACCUGUGGCUCAGUCAGUAGGGCACUGGCCCCAUAUACCGAAGGUGGCAGGUUCAAACCUGUCCCUGGCCAAACUGCAUCAACAACAAAAAAAUAGCCAGGCGUGUGGCAGGUGCCUAUAGUCUCAGCUACUCGGGACAGGCAAGAGAAUUGCCUAAGCCUAGGAGUUGGAAAUUGCUGUGAGCUGUGAUGCCCUGGCACUCUACUGAGGGCAAUAAAGUGAGACUCUGGUCUCUUUUAAAAAAAAAAAAAAAAUUAAAUUGGACUUAAAAACUAUCCCUGCUGGGGUUUUUUUUCUUUUCAGUUUUCAAAGAAAAAAAUGUAAAGUUCGUAAAAAUCUCUCUUAGAAUGGUUGUAUUUUGUGGUAUAAUUAGAUUUAAGUCAAGAACAAUAAAUCCUAAAUUGUACUAAAUCUAAGAUAUCAUUGAUUGUAAGAUUAGCUAAUACCACUAAUGUCAUGCUGCUAUGAUGCACGUGUGCGGCUAAUGAAACUGAGAAAAUGCUAUCACUUAGGUGUGUUUUAGAUUAAUUAAAUGUUCUUUUAAUUUUAUUUAGACAUAGAUAUUUUUCAUUAUAUAUCCCUGCUGUGCA